GUUUAAACAUGGGUUCUAGAUACCAUUUUUCCGAUGCGGCUAACUUGGGUACCCUGUGUAAUCGUCCUCGAUUCCCCAUCAUUUCCUGAUUCUCUAUCAAAAUGUCUGGGCCAAGAAGACCACCGCCGCCAAUUCCCAGACCAGGCCAAGUGCAAGUCGUGAGAGCACUCUACAACUACACAGCUCAGCAAAGAGACGAGCUGAGCUUCGAGGAAGGUGAUAUUUUAUAUAUCACAGACAAGUCUGAAGGGGCAUGGUGGAAAGCUAAGGUCGGCAACAGAUCAGGAUUGGUACCUUCGAAUUAUGUUGGGGAACACACAGAAGCAGUGGAAAACCCUUUACAUGAGGCUGCGAAAAGAGGGAAUAUUGGUUUUAUGACAGAGUGUUUACAGAAUAAAGUGUCUGUCAAUGGCCUGGACAAGUCAGGCUCCACCCCCCUACACUGGGCGGCACAAGGGGGGCACACAGAGUGCGUACAGCAGCUGCUGGCUCAACCUGGAAUACGUAUAGAUGUACAGAACAAGCUUGGGGACACGCCUCUGCAUGCAGCAUCAUGGAAGGCACACCCCGAUAUUGUACAAUUGUUGCUUGAUAAAGGUGCCAAAACAGAUAUAAAGAAUAAUUCCAAACAAAGCCCAUACGACUUAGCAAGGAAUCCGGAAGUGGGCAGACUGCUGAGGGGAGCAGUAGAUUCAGGAGCUGGUAAUGAUUAUGGUGAUGAGGAGGACUCUGACUGAUGUAGGCUUACACUUCUUAACAUGGCAGACACCUUUAGAUUUUUAUCAUCUUCUGAACUCUUCAUUUUAUAGUAAAGUUACUGCUGAGUAAAAUAAGGUUGAUAUAAAUGCAACCCAUACUACUCAGAAGGAAAUGUAAACAAAAAAACACUCAUCGCUUUGUGUGCUUCCUUUUUUAUAGUUCCAAGGAAAGGUUCCUUGGACCCUGUUCAAAUGUAAUCCAUGAUUCUCAUCGUGGCAACAAAAAACAUAGAAAUACCAUACAUAAUUAAAGGUAACAAGGUGAUUAUAAUUUUCUAGAAUGUUAUUUUGCUACUACCUUCUGGUAAUGAUGAAAUAAAAAAGAUAUACACAUA